UAUCAAUAAUGACUAUCGAACCGCACCAGGUGUUUGUACUCUCAUUCAAAUUUUUAAGUUAACUUUCUUUUCCUUUGAAAUUAAUUAAGGAUCGAAGUAUACUUUAUAAAAUGUUCUGUUUGAUUCUGUUAGUGCUUGGUACUGUAGUUGAUUUUUGUAAAACAAAUCCACCUAUUUAUCCUUCUGAAAACUACCAUGACGAAUUUUUCCAAGGUGAUAUCUACUUGCGUAAUGGAAGCUUAACAUGGGACAAAUUUGCUACCACGCAGAAAACGCUCAGAUGGCCAAACAAAAUAGUUCCUUAUAUUUUUGAUGAUAUUUACACUGAGAGUGAGAAAGAACUGAUGCGAUCUGCAAUGGCUGAAUUCGAAGAAAAAACGUGUAUCAAAUGGGUUGAAAGAACGGAUGAAGAUUCUUAUGUUGAGAUAUACAGUGACAUGGGGUACGUUUUAAAAAAACCUGUUUUAGAUUCAUUAUUUAUUCAUGGAACUUACGGAUUUUAUUUUAAUUUUUGUCACAGAAAAUUUACACCAAUGACCCCAUUGUCCCACAUAUGUGUCCCAUGGUGAACUGAUCGUAAGUCAAGCAUUCC